CCAACUACCUCUGUAAAGCCAGUUAUGGGAAGGUAUUUGUUAUGAAAUUAUUGAAUAUCUAUUCCUCCAAAGUAUGUUAGCAGGAGCCUACUUCCGAUACCUAACUAUUUGUCAUGACAAAUAGCGGAAAUUUUUUUAAACCUCUUUGAUUAUUCACGUGCUUCCUAUUCUCUAGUCGAAUUACUAUUUACUUUUGUCUCAUUUAAACAAAGAAUACUGCUACUAAGUAAACAGGCUAAAAUGCAGGUGCACAAAACAUAGGGAAAUCCCGGAGUGAUGAGCCAGUUUGGCAGUAGUCGGUUUGUAGAUUGUUAUGGCGGUGAAAUGUCUCUUCGAGGUUCUUCUUUUUGUUGUUAAGUUUUCCGCUGUCCUGGGUUAUAAAAAUCAAGGGUUAACGCUUGGCAACGGGGACAGAAUUGAUAUCAACACCAGUCUCCCCUCGGCCACGGUGAUAAAAAAUGGGCAUCACGAGACCUAUCACAUGACUCUAGAGCAUAGCAACUUUACCGGACCAGGCCCCCGGGUUUGGUCCCAUUCUACAGCGGUGCUUGCUUUUAGAGGGGACAUCAUUCUGGGUGAAGGUUCUGUGGUCACGGUCAGCGGUCGAAAUGGGCUGUCUGUGAGGUCCAUUAUCGGUAGCGUACGGGUGAGCACCAGUGUAAAUAUGACCUGUGCUGUGGACGCUACCGGACAAGGAACGUGCCUUGGUGGUUAUACUCCAGAGUACCCUGAGUUGAUUUACUUGGCCAAUACCCCAGGGCGUGGUCCAGGUGUCAAUGUCGGUUAUUAUGGCGAGCCAUGUCUGCCAGACUGCGACGAGAUAGGCGCGGGGCAUGGCGGGAAGGGUGCUAAUGCGAAGUCCUCUGGUGGCGUAACAAUGGGCUGGUUCUAUGGAAGACAUGAUAUCAAGCAGCUGAUUGGUGGAAGUACUGGAACCUACAAAACGCCAGUCGACCAAGAAACAGUGACCCGCCCCGGAAGUGGAGGAGGAGCCGUUGAGUUCCGAGCAGAAAAAGGAUCGAUUACCAUAGCAUCUAAGAUAACAGCAAGUGCGCAGAAGAUGUAUGGACCAAACGAGAUCCACACGGGCAGCUCUGGUGGAACAAUACGUCUGCUGGGGGAUAAGAUUUGCAUCACUGACAAAGGUCGCCUGGAGGCUGAUGGGGCAUCUGCUGGCAUUUUGGCGCAACCUAACCCCUCAGGGGGUUUGACAGGCGGGUCAGGGGGGGUCAUACAACUCAUCUCAAGAGUCGGCUUCGUGGCGACACACACGAUCUCUCUGAGAGCAGGAGGGAACUUCAACUGUGAUGACUCGAAAUACAAAGUGGAACAUGGAUUUUUCCUAGUAGCAGAUCCGGGAGGGGCUUUUAACAUGUCCUGGUCGAAUGCGAGUCUUCCUCUUGGAAACGUCUCGUGGGGUCUGGGCACGUCGUGCGAGUUUUUAAAAGCGCCCACACCAACAUCAAAGGCAUCUUCUACGAUGAAUCCCGAUCUUGCUUCUGCCAUUCCAAAGCCUAUCCCUGGAGUCACUUCUACUCUCGAGGGUUUGAGACGAAAAGCUCUUGAUAUAAAGGAGAAUUUAAAUUUGAUAGACGAAGUACUGCUUGUUGCUGAUAUAAGAAGUCUGACCCGAAAAUUUCAAAGUCUUGUUAACUGGACAAGCAUGACGGGACCCCAGAUUAUGAUUUGCCUCGACAUCAUGGCAAGUUUAAGGGAUAUUCACGUGACCGUCGCUAGAGGAACUUCAGGUUAUCUCAAGGAGAUGACAACGACCUUGUUCCAACUGACGAAUUCUCUUUACUGUGACAAGAACCAAGAAGCCUGGUUUGCCGUGAGAGAGCUGCCAAAAUUGGUGGAUACUAUGGAGACCGUUGCCAUGACAACCGCUCGUGUCCUGCCUGAGCACGAGAUUUUGUUUGCGGGCUCACUUUUUAUGUCACAGACAAAAACGUUUUCAUCACGAAACUUUGAAGGCAUCGUCCUGCCAUCUACGGGUGGUAACUAUGGCAGCGAGGCUGUGAUACCAAAUGACGUCAUUGGAUUAUUUGAAGGAAACCUGUCUGUCAUCAUUCAAAUCUACAAGGACGUCAGGGAGAAAAUCAAAUCACAAGAUACAACGAACACAAGUUUAAAGGUCAUCAAUGAAUUCAUCACGUGCUCAUUAUUAGCCAAUCAGCGAAGAGUGGUCGAGUUGAAAGCACCUGUGAUGUUCCACUUUUAUACUAAGGAAAGUAUGAAGGAGACAGGAGAUCGUAUUUGUGUGUACUGGAACAAAACUUACAACUCAUGGGCCACAGAUGGCGUGACACUCGUUAGUAAUGCAACAAAUACGACGCAUGCGCAGUGCAAGACUCAUCAUUUAACAAGUUUCGCUGUGCUUACGCAAUUCAAAGGUUACAAGAUUUCCCCUAGACAUGUCCUCGCCCUCGAUGUCAUAACAUUCAUAGGCUGUGGGAUGUCCAUCGCUACUCUGUUUAUCACUCUGCUUGUCUUCUCGGCUAUAGAGUCGCUCUCGACCGAUAGACAUCGCAUCCACAUGAACCUGGCCCUCAGCAUCCUGCUCUCGCAAAGUCUGUUUUUACUCGGGAUCAACGCGACCAGAUUUGAGGUUCUAUGCCGCAUAGUGGCUCUGAUGCUGCACUACCUCUUCUCGGCCUCGUUCACCUGGAUGUGUAUUGAGGGAUUUCAUCUCUACAUGAAGAUCGUGACUGUCUUUGGUGCUGAGGGCGUCAAACUCAAGUAUUAUUACAUAUUCGGCUGGGGAUUCCCGGCGAUCAUGGUGGGCGUGGCUGCAUCUGUUGACUCGUCUGGAUAUGGGACAAGGGCAGCCUGUUGGCUCUCGAUGGAUAAAGGCUUCAUCUGGGCCUUCCUCGGCCCUGUGGUCGCCAUCAUCCUGGUGAACUGCGUGAUUCUAUCGAUGGUGGUCAAGAUAGUUAUGACGUCAUCAGCCUCUCAAUCAGAACCAGAGUAUCGUCAAAUCUUGGCUGGUGUUAAGGGGGCUCUAGUCCUACUGCCGUUACUGGGGAUAACUUGGGUCUUCGGGCUGCUUGCAGUUACCAAGGAAACUGUUGUGUUUCAAUACGUGUUCGCGAUCUCAAACUCUUUGCAGGGAUUUUGCAUUUUCAUAUUCCAAUGCAUUGGAAAUAGCGAGGUCCGCGCUGCCAUCAGGAGGUUUCGUCAAAAGCACUCCACUACCGAUCUCCACAGUACCGUCUCAAUGUCGCAAGUCGACACUCGAAAUAUUUUGACUCCAAAAGGGAAAAGACGUGUCAGUAAAAUGAAAGAAAAAGUCGCAUAUAAGGUCAGUCGUUCCACUGCGAAAGUCUUACCAGUAAAAGACCCUGACAGUGUGAUGGCGAAACCAGAUCAUCCUCCAAUCAGUAAACUGUACAGCAAGGAGUUAUGGGAUCGCAUGGAGCAAAUAGACACAAACUCACUCAAUAUUCCACAGCAGGAUACCGAGAUGAUAACCGAUUGGGCGAAAAAGGAUUCUGCGAUAACGCGACGACAUUCCAAGCCUAGCUCCACAUAAGGCGAUAAAUAAAUGGAAAAGGACAAGGUCACAGAAUAAAGAAAGACAAGAUCUUCUUUUAUUUACCUAAAAAAAAGGAAGAAAAUUCAUGUCCUGUUUUAAGAAAAUAAUUUUUUUUUGCUUU